GCACUCUUUAUUCCCGCGCCUCUGCUGAAAGGCUAACACUCCCCCCUUUUGCCUUUUGUUUCCGAGGUGGAGCCUGUGAUACCCCGACUUCUUCAAACUGAACUGCCGGCGAAGCAGACGGACGAGAGAGGACUGGGACCAGCAGUCGGUGGCACACAGAUCUGGGACGCAGCAGAUCGGGAGGGACCAUAAAGGCGGCUGCAAGGAAGAAGGAGAAGAAGGACGAGGAGGAGAAGAAGAAGAAGAAGAAGAAGAAGAAGAAGAAGAAGAAGGAGAAGGAGAAGAAGAAGAAGAGGGAUUUUCGUGGGAGCGCUUCGGUUGAAUAAUCUUACACACGACAGAGCCUCGAGAAAGAUGAAUUCUUUCAUCCUGCUGUCGCUUUUUGCCACGGUUAUCGUCGGGAAGUCACCUCGGCUGAAAUUUGUUCUGCACGAGCUCUCCAGGUUCCACUUCACCAAACCCGAGAACUACAUCAGCAUGUACCAUCAGGAAGGGAGCGACACGCUGUACGUGGGUGGCCAGGCGAUGAUCUAUGUGCUGACGUUCACCGACAGAGGGGUCCACGACCUGCAGAUCCCAGCGGCAUCUGAUCAGACUGCAAUUGAUACCUGCAAGGCGAAGGCUGCGCCACUCGAGCUGGAGUGUGAUAAUUUCAUCACAGUCAUUCAGAAAGUAAACGACACGUUCAUAGUAUGCGGGACAAAUGCUGGGAGCCCGAGGUGCUGGAUGCUGGUAAAUGACACUGUGCUGACUGACGUCCAGGGCAACGGGCACAUAGCGGCGGCCUCUGACAUCUCACCGCCCUACCCUUCCCAGAGGUCCAUCAGCGUGCCUGCAGAUGGGAAUCUGUAUUCUGCUAUGUCGUCGGUGGGAGGUCACGUCGGCUCGAUCCGGCGUACGUUUGGCACCCAGAAACUCCUGAAGUCGGAGAACAUUUGGCUGCUGAAUCCACAGUUUGCUGGCGCUGCCAUAAUCCCGUCUUCGCUAAAGUUCAAGGAGGAGAUCUACUUCUUCUUCAGUGAGCUCAACAAGACUGCCAGAGUGGAUGAGGAGCCGUACAGGGCCCGCAUCGGUCGAAUCUGCACAGUGGAUGAAGGGGGCAUUAAAAGCCUGCUGGCAGACUCGUGGACCACCUUCAUGAAGGCCCGGGUGAUGUGUGGCACGGGCAACACUCAGCAGCAGUACAACAACAUGAAGCAGGCCGUGGUGCUGACAGCGCAGGACAAGAGGGCCGGGGUCAUGUAUGGCCUGUUUUCCAACGCAUGGGGCAGAACUGUGAUCUGCGCUUACUCCAUUGAAGAUAUUGACCAAGCCUUCUCCACAAGCAAACUGAAGGGCUACAGCAGUCCGUUCAUUGGCAGUCGCCCUGGAAUGUGCGUCCGCAAGAACUCGACAGCAGGAGGUCAAAAUGACAUCAAAAACCUGGGGGUGAUCAGAUACUACCCAGAAAUUGAGGAUGUGAUCCGGCCCGUCGGUGUGGCUCCACUUGACCUCCCCACAGACGACCAGAUCACACACACCGUGGCGGACAUCGUGCUGGCGGUCAAUGAUGAGCACUACAGCGUCCUGUACCUCGGAACAGAUCAAGGUAAAGUUCUCAAAGUUCUUCACACCAGCGAGGGAGUCUUCAUCGUAUCCCAGUAUUCUCUGUUUCACAACGAGGGUCCCGUUCUAAACAUGGCCAUCGACUCCCAGAAGGGACACCUGUAUGUCGGCACAGCGAUGGAGGUCCAGCGACUGCCGCUGGCUGACUGCGGUCGCUAUGGCGACACAUGCAGGGAGUGCAUUCUUUCCCGGGAUCCGUACUGCGGCUGGGACAGAGCCAGGAGGAAGUGCAUCGCCAUCCCGCCUGGAUACAACGUCUCAUCUGGGGCGCUCAUUCAGAAUCUGGACCAUUCGAACUCCUCGGUUUGCGGGGAAGCUGCUGCUCUGAAGCAGCGUCGAACGUCACCCAGAGAAGUGAUGGUGCAGUCCAACACCUCCAUCUUUCUCCCCUGCCCUGUGCGCUCCUUCCACGCCACCUACCGCUGGGAGAAGGAUAACUGCUUCAAGAACUACCCCUGCCUCUUCGCCGGGGACUUCUGCGUCCUGGGGCCGAUCGUCGACACGCCCCUCAAGGACGGCGUCUUCCGCUGCAUGGCCACCGAGGACGGAUUCAAGGUGGAGGUUAUCUCCUUCAGGCUGGUGAACGACGGCAGGCUCCUGGCCGCCUCCCUGGCCUACACCUUGGGGCCGUCGCUCCUGCUCGCCGUGGCCACUCUGUGGCUCCAUUAACUGCAGCUAACGCUAAUGCUAACCCCUCAUCCUUACUGGCUCCCAAUGACAGGAAAGACGAGGAGCCGCUGUUAGGAGGUUAGGUUCGCAGAGCAUUGAAGUACAUGGUUGGGUUGUACAGUGCCAAUUCAUCUUUUUUCAAUUUUUAGAGAGAGUCCAGCAAAUGUCAGUGAAUGAUUUUAACAUAAAGCAACAUUCAGUAUCUGCAGCUGCAGCGGUCUUAACAAGAGCAGAACUGAAAAAUACAUACGUUAUUUUAAUCAAACUAAAGUGACUAGGAGUUACUGUCCAUGAAUUAACAUAUCUUGCGAGUUUGAACUCGAUUCAACCAUAAUUAGGUGCUUUGCAAACCUUUCCUCUCUGACUCCAAAAGAUAAACAUAUCCAAUGAGUUGGGCAAAAAAAACCACCAAUACCAGGCCAAUUCUUUUUACCAUUUCUCUACUUCUUUUAAAACUGACUUGAUUGUGCUUAUUUGUGAAUACGUAAACCUUUAAUACCACUCCUCCAUCUUCAUCGUUCACCUUGUUAAACUUUGUUGGUAUAGCUCAUUAGUACUAAGAAAAAAAAAUGUCUGGUAUUGAGAUUUAAAAAGCCUUAACACUUCUGGGACAUAAACUCCUAAGCACAAUUUUGCAGUCGAGGCAGAAUACUGCAGACUCGGGUGGACUUGGCGCUAUAAUUAGUGCAGCUGAGUCUGAGAACAUCACUGGGAGGAAGUGUCAGCUUUUUGACAGGAAGUAGGCGGAUGGGCAAGAGCUCAUCCUCGAACAUCACUGUGUCUCAGCACCUCCUCCUCAGACGAGGCAGUUUCUUGCAUCUUUUUAUCAGAUGGUAUCAGACGUUGUUAGGCCUUGUUCACAGCUUUGUCCGUUGUUGUUUUUUUUUUUUUUCCUUAAUACACACCAUCGUCUUUCCUUCCUCCCCAAAUCAUCAGAGCAAAACACUCACUUUUACCGGGUGUGAAAAACACAACAUCGCCCACAACUUCUUUGGACAAAAAGUUAGUUAAUGUUAGGCGUCACCGCCCUCAGAAUCUUAAACAUAAAACCAUCAGAAACUUAUAUUAUUCUCUUUAAAUCUACAUGAAAGUUUAAAUCUGUUCUGGUUCUUUUAUUGUGGAGGGACGGUGGUAACAAGCAUUGAUUACUUUUCUUAUUCUGGGUACAUGGUCAUGUUUUUUGGGGAAGAGAGCGGACAGCAACAAAGAUUUGCUGCGAAUGACACCCGAUUGCUGUCAAACCCAACAAUGCAUAAAGAUGUGAACAAGGUGUUACGCUAUAGCAGUUUCAAUUAACACAUACUUACAUCGUCACGGGGAGCAGAUGAAGCUAAAUGGAAUCGCAUAGUAGAGUUGCAUUUCAUAGUUUGCCAGGAGAAAGAAAAGAAAAAAGAAAAGAAAAAAAAGGCUUGUAAUUAGGUCCGUGAAGUAUGUUCUGUAUUUUAUUGCUCUGCAGAUGCUGAUUUCUACCAUUGCUGCCUACGUUCGUGACGGUUUGUCUUGAUGGUUUGGGUUUUUAAUGCCAUAGUUAGAACGUGAUAUGUAACCACUGACUGCUUUGCAUCUUCCCCCCACCCCCCACCCCCCAGGGACAUCAGUGCAAAUAGACAAGAAAGUGUUUUGUUUUUCUUCUUUUUCAUACUUGUGUCUUUAUGCUGUGAAACAAACGGACAGAUUUUCCAACGAGAUGCUUCACUGAUGUACAGCAGCAACCACAACCGGCGGCGAGGGGCAGAGGCUUCACGCAACAAACGCGCCCGCGGCCUCUUCUUUUAACCUCUGCUCUGAUCGCACUAAACGUUUUUAAGUGGACACUUUAAAGCUGAAUGUAAAAAAUUGGAACGAAAUGGUGAAUGUAGCUGCAGCUGAACAUUAUUGAAAUGCCAAAAAUGAUGCCAAACCUUAUGAAUACUGAUCAGCUGACUGAGGAAGUAGGCUUGUGCGGUGAUGAAUUAUGCAACGGAUUAGCAUGUUCCUCCCGAGCUUUGAGAAUUACCAUUCAGUAAUGUUACAUAAAUCUGUCCGUGCCCAGCCUUCCACAGUGGCAGAAAUGUCAUUAAUAACUAAUUAGACAAUGGAGCCGGUUCGUCAUGCACCACAUUUAAAGAAUUUAUUUAAGGGCCGUCAGGGAAACGAGCAGCGAGCGUUUUUCUCAGCUGUGAGAAUCUCAAGGCGGCGGCGGCGGCGGCGGUGGCGGCGUCGUGUUUCUCACUCAGCUCGGUUGUGUGUUGCUGCUCGGGGGAUCUGCUUGCUUUCUGCAUUGCACUGAUUUGGCUACUGACUGUGCCAAAAAAAAAGAAAAAACAAGAAAAACAAAGCUAUGUUGAACCACCUCAUUCGCCCGCCGCUUAUUGCUUGCUCCUAUGUUUAUUUGCAAAAUCCCUCGUUCCUUACCUUGCAUAAUAUUUUGUGCCAGAUCAACCCUGAGCGCGUGUUUUUUCCUCAGAACCAAACUCACAAACACAAACCUUCUGCAGCUCUAAACAUGCAUAUUAAUCAUCUUUGUGUCUCUGUGUCGCCACCGGGGCGGGAAAUUAACACCAGCCACCAGCCAAGUGCUGGUAAACAUUUAGCAGAGGCUGUUCAUGAACUCCAUUCUGCAGGAGACUUUUGGCAGGAGACUAACUCGACAUACACAGACGAGCUCCGAGGCUUUUUCCUCUGUAACCUCCUUUAUACUGUAACUGUAACUGCUGUGUAUGUGUCGUGAGUGGACUUGGAGAGCUGUUACCACGAGCCGCUGUUAGAAAACAAGCCUAUGCUAUUCCAAUGAGGCAAACAAACCAGGGAUCAUAAGCUUCUUUACUGUCCCAAGUCCAUACUAGAUAAAUACACCUAUUGUAUUUAAGUUCUCCUAACAGGUGGUGUCUUGCGGUAAUGCAGAUAAUCACAGUGGAUGGUUGGUGGAUGACAUGCAGUACAGAGCAUACAGCUUGGAGCUGGUAGACCAUGGAUCAUGUCUCAUUUCCUGCCACUGACGCUGGUUUAUUUGAACCAUUUCCACAACAUUAAACGUGAAGGGAAUUGUUUUUGAAUCAUACAUAAUUGAUUAAGAACUGGACUUAAAGUAAAGUAUUGAGCAGCACUAUCGGGGUGGAGGAGGAAAUGCUCAACUCCUUUGGCUUAGUACAAGAAAUUCUAAAAAGUACUGCUUUCAAAUCUUUAUUUAAUUAUGAAAACAUAAACAAGUAUGAUCAGAUGCGUUAAAUAUUGUAAAUUAUGUGUCAUUAAUAUGUUUAAUAUUUGAUGCAGUCAGCAAUAUUUAAACAAAUUUAAAACAAGUGUGUGUGUUAUGUGAGUAAUCGUAAUCUGCUUAAUUAGUUGUAACUCCAGACAUCAGAUAAAUAUAAAGUAGUAAAAAUGAAUGUUGAGUGAGAAUGAUUAAAUGUACUGUCGCAUUUUUGGCACGAAAAGUAAUGUUCUUGACCACAUGUACGAAUAACAGAAUGUGCCAGUGGAUGUCAGAACUACCUCUAAUGUCAAAUUUGAAAACUUUUAGUUUUGAUUUAUUAGUUAUUUCAUUAAUAUUUUUACAUUCACAUGCACCUUGUCCAUUUGGCAGACAUCCAAAGCAAUGUACAAGCAGAGCAGAAACGUUUUCCAGGAUCUACAACCAUCCACAAGCGUUUUUACAGUUUUAUUUUCGUGCUUUAUAUUGCACAUUUUUCUCCGACAGCCCUGAACAGGUCAGGGCUGUAGUGUGGAUUUGGGACACGGGGCUUGUUUUCCUCGGCAUUAGAGAUGACCUGAGUAUUAAACCUGGUCGCCGACGUGUUGCUGUGCAGAGCUGAUUGUAUUUUCCCCCUUCCCUCAUGAGGAGCUCUGGUCCUCAGGGAGGUGGUGGAAUUAGGCUUUCAUCAUCAUCCUCAUCAUCAUCAUCAUCCUUAACUCAACAGGGCUUUGCUUUAAUAUCCACACUCACUCUUACGGUCGACGUGUGGAAUUAAAAUUGAAAGCAUUUACCAACACUCGCCGUCCUCAAACCGCUUCUCCCCUCUGUUCGAGUCCUUGCUUUGAUAUGGAUAUUCACACGGCUGCUGCAUCGACAUUGAGUUAUCGCUUAUUCACAUCCGUCAUCGUCAGCCAGUCUGAUAGAGGGUAAUCUCCUUCAAAGCAAGCUCUUGAUUUGCCUUCAGGAAACCGUUUUGGUGGAUCACGCUAUCUGCUAGAAACGAAUCGACGUCGACUGAAGCGGGUUGCUGUUUUGUUUGCUCUGGGGUUUUGAGUGUCAAGUACUGUACAUGAUGUGUGCCCACUAUUCUGUGUCUUGAUAUAUAUAAUUUUAAAAUUAACAUGCCAAACUCUAUUAUUAAAAAAAAAAAAAAAGAGAUUUAUAUUGGUGCAAUGCCAGUCUAAUGCCAUCUCAUAACAUGUAUUUUUAAAUAACAGAUAUCUAUAGUGCAAUAGAUAUUCAUGUAACAAAUCCAUAUUGACAUGUGUUUCCCUGAACAUGUGCGGUGAAAAUUAAUAAAAUGUAAGUAUAAAGGAAGAA